AUGUAUAACCAAGACAAGGGAGGUGGUACAGGAGGAGAGGGAGGUGGAGGACAGACAGAAGACAAUCAGAAAGCUGAUGGGGUUGGUGAUGAAGACAAGCACACAAAGGACAAAAAUAAUAAGCUGGAGAAGGAAAGCAGUGAGAAGGAGCCGGGCAGAGAGUCAAAGAAGGAGAACCGUCGCUUACAGUUGAGGAAUGGCUGGGCUCUGACUGAACGCCUGGCCAUCAACGUGUCAGGGAUGCGCUAUGAGACUCAGCUACGCACUCUUGCACAAUUUCCCAACUCUCUGCUGGGUGAUCCCAAACGACGUCUCCGCUACUUUGACCCCAUGCGGAACGAACUCUUCCUGGACAGAAGCCGAGUCUGUUUUGAUGCCAUUCUCUACUUCUACCAGUCAGGCGGGAGGCUGAGGAGGCCUGCAAACGUCCCUCUGGACAUGUUCUUGGAAGAGCUGCGUUUCUACGAGCUUGGAGAGGAGAUCAUCGAUCGCUACAAAGAAGAUGAAGGUUUCCCCAAGGAAGAGGAGAGGCCCUUACCUACAAAUGAGCUGCAGCGUCGCCUCUGGAUGCUGUUUGAGUACCCAGAGUCAUCCGGCGGAGCUCGAAUCAUUGCCAUCAUCAGUGUUAUGGUCAUUGUGAUAUCAAUCCUCAUCUUCUGCUUGGAGACUCUGCCUGAGUUCAGGAAUGAGAAGGAACUGAGGGAGGUGAGGAUGGUCUGCAUGCUGCUGAUGCUUAAAGAGCUAUUUACUGAGCAAUAGGACGUUGACACACCAGGUUCAUAAUUCUACAGUCAUCAAAUAUUCACAUAAAGACUGGGCACUCUCAGGUCACUGGAGAACAAUGAGGUGGUUGACAGGCUGCAAAAAUGAGAGGUACUGCCACUAAGAAGUGAUGAGGAGGACACAGAAAGAUCACUACUGAUAGAUGUCAGCCAACCCAAGAUAAAGAAAAGAAAAAAAAUCAAAUUUUAAAGGAUUAAGAGAGAGGGAAGGGACAGCUGAGGAUAGAGUUCGUAUGAGGGUGUUUCUUCCCGAGAAUAUUUUGGGCUUGUCGUUAAACCUGAUCCACUAAGAUUCAGGGGGAGGAACAAAAAAGAAGAAAACACUUCUAGUGUGGAUGACAGAAAAAAAGUAAGCACAGACAGCUUUUGUGACUGAGGUUUACUCUUAAGGUGAGAUAGUGGAGAUGAUAUGUCUGGUCACACUCAGGCACAACUGCCAGUGCCAGUGCCAGAACCAACGAAUGCAUUCAGGUGGGACAAAUAUUUCGAGGGUCCCAUGAAGAGAUAGUGUGGAAGGAGUAGGAGGAAAAGAAGCAAGCGUGAAGGGAAGAGAGGGAGAUGAGCUUGUCUCGUGUUACCCCUUAGAGAUCUAAAGGGCUAUAUAUAGUGAAAGAACAACCCUUAGGGCACAUCAACACAUAAACGAAGGUCUAUAUUAAUAAAUGAUGUGACUCAUAGACUGUGCAUGGAAAACAGCAUUGAAAAAGGCUGGCAGAUCAACUUUUCUGAUGACCGCCACAAAAUGAAAUUAGCCUCACACACAGACACACACACCAGUAGUCUGGAGAGGAGGAGGAAUCUGCAGAAGUGAUACGCAACAGCACUUGUUAGAUUUAUGUCCCCCAUCACCACCAACGCUGCUCAGUUUCUACCAAACAUAGAUAGAUGGGCUCAUUUGAUCUGAGUAUUUGAAGCUUUAAAAGCUAUACUAACAAAGCCUACAAGCAAAGCCCUUCCGAACCAAUCACUCAUCACCGGAAGGUGGUGACAUACUACAAACUGAAUUGACUUGUUAGAUUCUUACCCAAGGUUUUUGUUUAUACCACAAGCUAUGCAACCUUCAAGUAAUUAAAGGAUCUUAGUCUCUCCGUUGUUGGAUCCUUUUCUUUCCAAAGUUAUAUCUUUCAGCUAUUUUUGCUUCUAUUAGAUGCAACAGCUGAAGAAAGACACGGGGUGCACAAAGUGGGGUAAGACAAGCAGCAAGGAGUGCUGUUUACUGCUGUAAUGAAGACUAAACAAAGAGGACCUCCUAAACAUUGGGCGUUUGGGCCACUAGGCCAGCAAUGUCACUCAUAGUUAGAUUCUGGGGCCAUGGCAUUGAUCCUUUGAGGCCAUACAAAUAGAAAUGAGAGUUUUUUGGACCAUAACAAUGGACCCACCAACUAAAGUUAACAGUAAUAGUUAUGGGGAUGCUGAGGAGAUGAAGGCUGGCCGGGUGAUUGUAUCACAAUUCAGAGGCGGUAUCCUCUAAAGGGCACAUUUAUAGACUUAUAACUGUGGCACACCAAGGCCCGUCCCAAUUCAAAUACAGCUUACAGAUUUGUCUUACUUUUUCUCAGGCCAACAUGGAGGCAUCAGGCCUUACAUUUUCUGUGUUUCUAUGUGCGCCAAAUGAAGUGGCAGAGUCAGUGUUCAAUAUCAGUAUUUGGUUUCAGCUCAGUGGUUCAAAUGUUAAAAAAGACAAACGUCAUAAAAUUUGAGAUUAUCUCCAACAUGGUAGAGAUGGUUGCUUAGUUGGAUAAUCCAAGACAAGUACUCACGUUAGCUUCCUGGUGCUUACACUGUAGUGCAAACAGGAAAUCCUUGUCUUAAAUGAGGACACAGUCAACAUACAGCAUGUGUGAAUAUUUUGCUGUGGUUAUAAGAAUGACAGGUGGUGAAGUGAAUGUUUGUGGACAAUAACUCAUUAAGGUCGACAUUCUCAAACGUUUCCUGAAGAAAAUCACUCACGCACAAUCAUCAUUAGACCAUUGACAUGCUUUGGGUGGUUUGGUUGAACUGAUCUUUUAAAAUGCAAGAGUUUAGACUAAUAAUGAGGCACAGGGAUCAAUGGACAGGGGGAAUCAUAAAACAAUAAAAAAAAACACAGUGUUGGGGAAAAUAUCCACUCCAAAGGCCCCAUGCUCAGAGUAACUGUAUCUAACUUGUUAAAAGACACUAAUGCUCAGUCAUCUCAAACCUGCAUUCCCUUCCCAGAAAGAAACAAGCGGCUGGGUUAAAUGAAGUGUCAGAUGCCUUGGCUGUGCUGGUGUCUUGGGUGUAAUGCAACCCCCAGUCACAUGAGCUUAAUAUUUUUUGUUUGCGUUUAAAUAUAGAGGAAAUGAUUUACAUAAAAGUCUGCAGUGUGAAAAUGGAGAAGACACAAAAGUUAACACAGUAUCACAGGUCUCACAGAUCUUGAUGACUCGUGUCAUUCUCUGCAUAUAUUGAAGAGCAACUCAUGCAAUAAUCACCUCUUCUCACCUAUCCUCUAUCUCUCCCCUGCUUACUUCCACCUUGUUUUCCGCCUGCUCACUUUCCUGUAAAUAUAGUCUCCAUGGAGAUAUUUAUUAGAGUCUUACCCUUCCCCUUUAGUCUCAGGUUCCUUCCCAGCUCAUGUUUGAUGAUCAACAGAUGACAGAGUACGAAUGCUACCUGUUUACAAAGCAGCUUCUUGAGUCUUUGAAAUCUCAAACCCUUUUCUCUUAUUCUUGACCUUUUCAGCAAUUCACCACGAUACCUCACCCCACCAAUCCCAAUGAAACCAUCUUAAUCCCACCGGGCUUCACCCCCUUCCAGGACCCCUUCUUCAUUGUAGAGACAAUCUGCAUCUGCUGGUUCUCCUUUGAACUUAUUGUGCGCUUUACCUGUGCUCCAAGCAAGAUGCAUUUCUUCAAAGACGUCAUGAACACCAUUGACUUCUUUGCCAUCAUUCCCUAUUUUGUGACGUUGGGCACAGAACUGGCCAAGGACAAAGGUGCUCAACCAUCUGUUUCCCUGGCCCUCAUUCGAGUCAUCAGGCUGGUAAGGGUCUUCAGGAUCUUCAAGCUCUCUCGCCACUCCAAGGGCCUACAGAUCUUGGGCCAGACGCUCAAGGCCAGCCUCAGAGAGCUUGCCCUGCUCAUCUUCUUCCUCUUCAUUGGAGUUAUACUCUUUUCCAGUGCUGCCUACUUUGCAGAGGUGGACAGCCCUGAAACAGCAUUCACCAGUAUCCCUGAAGCAUUCUGGUGGGCUGUGGUAUCCAUGACAACAGUGGGCUAUGGUGACAUGUAUCCAGAGACAGUAGGGGGGAAGCUGGUUGGCUCUAUGUGUGCCAUUGCUGGGGUGCUCACCAUCUCACUGCCGGUACCUGUCAUCGUCUCAAAUUUCAGCUACUUCUACCACAGGGAGAUGGAGUGUGAGGACACAACCCAGUACAACCAUGUCAACACAUCGUUGUGGGAGAAGGACAGGGAAGAUGAAGGAGAGGAUAAUGAUGAUGAAGAAGGAAUGGACGACAUGCCUGAAUACAUGGAAGAUUAUGCGCUGUUGAAUGGGCAAAAUAGCACAGGUAUCUGUGCACCAAUUAAUGGGACUCUCCCGACAGGACUGUGUGCCAGUCAAGCCUCAAGUCAGGGAGGGAUCAACUUCUACCUCAAAGAGCCUUUGGUCACUCAGGUGUGA